GGAUAAAAAUGAAGCUCAGUUGCCAUGGUGAAAUUUGGUUGCACUACGAGAGUAGUAAUCGGGGCCAUAGGAAAAAUAUUGUUUUCAAAACGUAUAACUUGAGUUAGAAUAUACGUGAUGCCUGCUACAUCCCAUCAUAUUACAGUAGAAGAUUGCUGAACAGAAGAGCGUAGCAUAGUGUUCCUCUCUAGACAUGGGGCUGUCCAAGAAGUUGGGUGCCAUAACCCAAAGGGUAACGGGUCCGGACUCGAGGGACGUCCCAUACAAGUGGAGCAACCAGACGUACACCGUACAAGAAAUACUUCACAAGUUUAAACUUCCGUGUGUAGUCCAGUGUGCCACAGGUCAGUUGUGUGUGUCGCGGAUCAGUUUGUGUGUGUUGGCGUGUGUAAUACAUAUCAGUGUGUGUGUGUGUGGUGAAGUGUGCUGCAGAUUAUAUGUUGUCGUGUGUCAAUGUCAUAGGAUGCAUAUCACUUUGUGUGUUGUCAAGUGUGCAACCUCUCAAUUAUUUGUUACAGACAGAAUCAUUAUCUAAUGGGGAAAAUACUCGUGCAUGCUUUUGUAUAAACGCUUCCAUUAUAUAGAACAGGAUUUUUAAAAGCAUAUAUUACAUUUAAAGUACCGUAUAUAUUACAUAUAAUGUAAACCUCUCAUUUUAAGUAUACGUUACAUUUAAAGGAUUAAUACCCUAUCACUUAUUUAUCGUUUAUGUUGUGGUUUAUGUUAUAGCUUAUGUUCUGGUUUAUGUUAUGGUUUAUGUUAUGGUUUAUGUUCUGGUUUAUGUUCUGGUUUAUGUUCUGGUUUAUGUUCUGGUUUAUGUUCUGGUUUAUGUUCUGGUUUAUGUUCUGGUUUAUAUUCUGGUUUAUAUUCUGGUUUAUGUUAUGAUUUAUGUUAUGGUUUAUGUUCUGGUUUAUGUUAUGGUUUAUGUUCUGGUUUAUGUUAUGGUUUAUGUUAUGGAAUAUGUUAUGGUUUAUGUUAUGGUUUAUGUUAUGGUUUAUGUUCUGGUUUAUGUUCUGGUUUAUGUUAUGGAAUAUGUUAUGGUUUAUGUUCUGGUUUAUGUUCUGGUUUAUGUUAUGGAAUAUGUUAUGGUUUAUGUUAUGGUUUAUGUUCUGGUUUAUGUUAUGGUUUAUGUUAUGGUUUAUGUUCUGGUUUAUGUUAUGGAAUAUGUUAUGGUUUAUUUUAUGGUUUAUGUUAUGGUUUAUGUUAUGGUUUAUGUUAUGGAAUAUGUUAUGGUUUAUGUUCUGGUUUAUGUUCUGGUUUAUGUUCUGGUUUAUGUUAUGGAAUAUGUUAUGGUUUAUGUUAUGGUUUAUGUUCUGGUUUAUGUUAUGGUUUAUGUUAUGGUUUAUGUUCUGGUUUAUGUUAUGGAAUAUGUUAUGGUUUAUUUUAUGGUUUAUGUUAUGGUUUAUGUUAUGGUUUAUGUUAUGGAAUAUGUUAUGGUUUAUGUUCUGGUUUAUGUUCUGGUUUAUGUUCUGGUUUAUGUUAUGGAAUAUGUUAUGGUUUAUGUUAUGGUUUAUGUUCUGGUUUAUGUUAUGGUUUAUGUUAUGGUUUAUGUUCUGGUUUAUGUUAUGGAAUAUGCUAUGGUUUAUUUUAUGGUUUAUGUUAUGGUUUAUGUUCUGGUUUAUGUUAUGGAAUAUGUUAUGGUUUAUUUUAUGGUUUAUGUUAUGGUUUAUGUUCUGGUUUAUGUUCUGGUUUAUGUUCUGGUUUAUGUUAUGGUUUAUGUUAUGGAAUAUGUUAUGGUUUAUGUUAUGGUUUAUGUUAUGGUUUAUGUUAUGGUUUAUGUUAUGGUUUAUGUUCUGGUUUAUGUUAUGGUUUAUGUUAUGUAAUAUGUUAUGGUUUAUGUUAUGGUUUAUGUUAUGGUUUAUGUUCUUGUUUAUGUUCUGGUUUAUGUUAUGGUUUAUUUUAUGGAAUAUGUUAUGGUUUAUUUUAUGGUUUAUGUUAUGGUUUAUGUUAUGGUUUAUGUUAUGGUUUAUGUUAUGGUUUAUUUUAUGGUUUAUGUUAUGGUUUAUGUUAUGGUUUAUGUUAUGGUUUAUGUUAUGGUUUAUGCUAUGGUUUAUGUUAUGGUUUAUGUUAUGGUUGAUUUUAUGGUUUGAAUUAUCUCCCUUAACUUUUCAUCCGUGUCUUGUUUUCAACCCGACAGAAGCGUGCACGGUGCUGUGGUCAGACUUCCAGUUUGAUCUGAGGCAGCCACUCCUCUUCUACAGCAGGAGAACCGUGCAGAAGGUGCACGCGAUCAGCCUCAAGGCCGACCCCACCAACAGUGAGACCCUGGAUGAGAUUGGGCCACCACUGGCCAUCCCAGCCGACUAUGAAGGUACAUAGCGAGUACUGCCGUGAGUGGCCUAUGUUAUGGCCUGAGCACCCCUAAUGCCAGUGACAUGAAAUAUUUGCGUAUCAUUAGCAUAGUCCUGACCUAACGUUACACUGACAAGUGACAAGUUGUUUUAUCAUGCAAUUUUACACGCAUUAUUUGAUUGUUCAACUAUUCCUGGGCAAUUAUUAUACCUUCUUGAUUUGUGUUUCAAAAUUACUUCACAGGAUGGUUCGGCGCCACCCCGAAAGGAAUCAACAAAAUAAAGCGUCACCUGAGGAUAGAGGCCGUCGCCAACUCAGCUGCUCGUCGCUUUCUUGUCACGACCCAGUGCCCCGCCUUCACGUCAAGCCGGGCGCCGGACGGGAGCUUUGAAUACGUCCCGCACGAUGUGAUGCCCGGCGAGGUGCUGAAGAAGGUCUGCGUCAUGGAAGGGUCGCCCGGCGACCCGGACGCGCCGCAAAUUCUGAAAGAUCACGGUCCCUGCCUGGAGUGCCUGGACGAGAAGGACGAAGAUGUGGUCAUCCCACUCUCUCGAAGAGUUAUGUGUUACGAGCUGGCCGAAGAAUACCCCGAUGAUGGAGAAAGGGUGUUUCGCAUAGCUGCGCCUAUGACCACCGGGAGUUCCAAAUUUCCCAGAAUUUUUCAACUUAUUCACGGGGAACCCCCUGUCUUGAAGUACGCGUUCACCGGAAUGAUCAGGUGUUACAGUGUGUUUACGGAAGAGACUAUCCUGGCCGCGACGCUGGACGACCCUAAGUCUAUCUGCCUGGAGCUGGCCACGGAUUCCGUUGCCAGGUUCAGGAUAGGACUCAACGACGCCGCCAUAAAAAGAACGUGCGAGUACAACAACGCGAACCAAAUCUGCGAUUCGUUUGGCCCGAAAUUUCUCACCGCCAUCAAAGUCUCGUUCUCGCUCAAGCCCGAGUUCGUAGGACAGGACGAUGUCGAGAUGUCGUCCAACGACAACGAGGUGUCAUCCAACGACAACGAGGUGUCAUCCAACGACAACGAGGUGUCAUCCAACGACAACGAGAGUCUCAGCGACAUGCAGGAUGUCAACGCAGACUCUGAGUUUGAAAUCGCCUGGGGUUCUGUCCAGAAGACCAAACCGCUGACGUCGUCCCAAGCCACCGAUGACGAGGGAACGAUGACAAAGACUGAGAAUGGUCGGGCAAUGGAACUGGUCCAUUUACAGGACGUGCGGGGUUCCAAAACCCCGUUUGUUAAACCCAGAACUCUUAACAUUGAAUCCACUGAGCAGAGGAAUGACAGCGGUGAUUUGCGUGACCACCAGGCGUUCACGGAACAAGAGAUGGUCGACUUGAUGAAGAAAAAGGGUUUAAUUGAAUUGAAGGCGGAAACUAUUCCGGAAUUCGGUUCGAUUCGGGAAACACGAGUCCGAGACAAUCCACUGUAUUAUUUCAUGCAAAGAAACCCGGACCAAAACCCGUUCAAUGGCACGGAGGAGGACUGCAUCUCUGAAUCCUCAAAGACUGGCGAUGACACUCUUAAUGACGCCGUAGAUGACGUCAUCAAUGAUGUUGUGUAUGACGCGGUUGAAGAAAACCCGUUGAUGUAUUUAUUCCAACCUUUAACGAAGUUGGAGCCAGCAGACGUGACCAAGAAUGUGACUGAAUUAGGAAAUUUGACGAAAGAAAGUGUGCAGCAAAAACUUUCUUCAGCCAGUUCUGUGUCGGGAUUUGACCAAGUCGUUUGUAAACCAGCGCAGGAGUACAAGGAAUCUCACUCUGAGAGUGACAGUGAUGGGAGUGACAGUGAAGGAAGUGACAGCGAUGCAAUCGACAGUGAUGGAAGUGACGGUGAUAUCUUUGAGACUUCUCCGAGCCUGGCCGAAAACUCGACUACAACGCUUCAAAUUCGCCCUGGCAUUCUGGAAUCUGAGUAUGUUAAGAGAUUAAACAACAAAGAUGCCAAUAUUGACGACGACGACGACAAAAUGGACGAUAAGAAUGAUAACAAAUAUCCCAUCGAUGACAACACGGAGUAUCACAUAUAUGAAAACGUAGAUGACAUUUAUGAGGACUACAGCCAAUCUGACACUGACUCCGAGUCACACGCUGUCGAUGAUCUCAUGUCGCUGGCGCUCGAGGAGACGGAAAAAUUGUCCACCUCUUCUCAAGAUGUUUCCGUGACGAGCGGAAACUGCGCACAGACACAGCCUAACGGAGGAAAUUGCGUGGGAAUAAUGCGGAGCUCGUCUCCGGCGAAAUGCGAGGUUAAACCAAUUACCGCGGAUGGAGCAGCAUCGUCUGGUGAGAAAGAUAAAUCCGACGAGGCUGUGACGCGACUGAACAGUUUGAUAGAGGAAGUGACCGCGCUCGUGAACACGUCAAGUAAUCGGAUACUCGAUGUUAGGAGGAGUCCGCGGGAGACGAGUAGGAGCAGGGCAAACUCGAACACGGCAAAGGACGGGGAUCGAGUGAGCUGUGACGAUCGAGGAAGUAACAAAAGGCUGAAUGACAACCCGGGCAGCCCAUCUGUUGUAGACCUCAAAACUUCUGUGACACAUUCGACGAAUCAAACCUACGAUACUCCAAGAUCUGACCGAGAUUUCGCUGACGUUUCAAUGGUCCCCACUUUAUUUGUGCAAGCGCCGAGUAAAGACAAUGUCUCAGUGCUGAAUGUUUUAGAUACGAAAAGUGACAUGACUGCUUCGAAAAGUGACACGAAUGUUUCGAAAAGUGACCGUGUACAUGUGUUGUUAACAGAACAGAAAACCCCCAUCAGUACGACAUCUACGUUGACAGAUGUGACACCUGAGUCAGGCAGGUCAAAAUCAGACGAUACGCCAGGUGUUCUGAGGCGAUCACGCGCUGAGGUUAACCUGCCCAGCGCGGUCCCUCAAGGUCUACAAAAAACGUACAGCGCACCAUGGUUACUCGCGGUCAGUUCUACGUCAGACCCUGUAUUGAACAGUAUCGUUAGUCAUGAAAAGUCACUUGACCAACGAUUCUUAUCGCGUAGAAUUACCCAUUUCCCUCAUGAACAUCCACACGGUCCAGGUGAAACACUCAGCCGAGAUGCCAGGCCAGCUGUUGGUUCUAUCUCCCGGAGAGAUGAUGUGCACCUCCAAACCGUUCAGACAAAUGUGUCUUCUUUAAAAGGGACCGUGUUAAUGCCCUUGCAAAACAGUGAAAGAAUGAUCUCCCCUACCUGCAGCGUCAGCAGCUUAAACAGCAGCAUCACCAGCUUGAACAGCAGCAUUACCAUAGUCAGCUGCUUGAACCCGGACAUGAAAGAACUAGACGGUCUCAGUUUUUCCGAGGACGUGCCGGAGAGUGACUCCGAGAGCAAUUCAGAGUUAUCCCACUUCUCGGUCAGGUCAGAACGCUCGCUUGUGUUGGAGAAAGAAAAAGUUUCUUUGAAACGGGAUUCCAAUUCGGACCUGUUCAAAAUGGCGGACAAAUUUUCGUUUUCCCGAAGUGGGAAAUUAAAAUCUGGCAAAAAUAAAACUGUUGGAUCUCGUGCUCGUAUUUUGUCUCAAGAGAUGGAAUACGAAGACUUUGUGUAAGUUUGGGAGAACUCAUUUGAUUACAGCGAUGGCCUUGAGUUCCCGAUCUAUCCCGUUGGGCGGUAUGUUUAAGAAUGUAGUGAACGGCGAAACAAAAAGAAAUUGUUGUGAGUGAAUUUAAAAAACAAACAAACGGACCCAUGUUGUGUUAUCAAUAUAAAUACAUCGUUACAUUACAUCUUUUAAUAUUUUGUAUUAUACUCUGUAUCAUAAUAUGUAUCCGAUUGUAUGAAUUAUAGAUCUCUACCAGUUGUAUAACAAUUUUAAUUUAAAUAACUAGUUGUAGCGGGCCGUAAUAAUUCACCCACCCCACCCCCUUCAGUUACUGUGCCAUUUGCGUUCCCUUGUACGUUUUUAAAUAAGUUUCACUCCUAAUGCGCUUAGGGUCCACACAAAUGUUGUCAAAAUGGUAUUUUAGUUAUUUUAAUGGUAUUUAGUUUUAGCCCGUAACAUAAGUUCGCAUAAAUGUUUGAUAAAUAUUGUUGAAGUUUUAAUAAUCAGAUGUAGUUUACUUACACGUGUUUUAAACUGACAUGUGUUGAAAGGUAAAGCUGAAGAACAUGCAUUUUAGUUUGUAUCAGUGCUACACAUAGACGUAUCUAGAAAAAGGCUCUGGCCAUGCUACCUACGUUUAUCUCUUUAAAUUCUCUUACCCAACCAUCGUUGAAGAUUUGAGUUAGAGCAAAGUCCGUUGAUUUAAUUCCGUUACGUUGCUUCACCAUAGAUAGGGCCAUCGUGGCCGGUACGUUAGCCAUUGGUCUCAUGCGGCCAUCGGACAAUCAAAAAAGUAAGGCCACCUGAAAAUUUAAUUCUCAAUAUUUUAUCUUUUCGACAUUUUAUUUGAAACUUUUCCAAAAUAGUCCGCCAUUUUUACGUCUGGCUAAUCUCGGGGCUGAAUUACGAGUUCAAGGGUUUAUUUCGUUUUAAACCACAGUAUCGACAAGAGCCGCCGACUGAAUCUUGGAGGCCGAACUAUCUCUCCCCCCCCCCCCACACGUUUGGUACUACCUGCAUUAUUAGUUUAGAGUUUAAAUUUCCUUCCACAUUAUUUCGUUUUAAACCACAGUAUCGACAAGGGCCGCCGCCUGAAUCUUGGAGGCCGAACUAUCUCUCCCCCCCCCCCCACACGUUUGGUACUACCUGCAUUAUUAGUUUAGAGUUUAAAUUUCCUUCCACUUCACAACUUUGGGCCCCCUUAAAUGACCGUGGCCCCCUUCAACCGCAUGCGUUGUAGGGCCCCACACGACGGAUUUGUUUUGACCAUUGGUGAAACAAAAAAAUUGAAAAAAUAUCUUAGUAAAUGACAUGUGGAAAAAAUAAUAUUUUUUUUACUUCAAUCGGUGUCAUAAAAUGAAUACAACAAAUAUCUUGACUCAAUUUAGAAGUGUUCAGCGUGUAAAGUAAUUUGAUUGACUUUAGGAAUAUGGCUGUCGCUGUGGCUUGAUGGCCGCAGGUGUUGCUAAAAAGGAGAGAGGUGACCUUCCGUGGCCAUAAGGUAUAGGAAUGAUAAGAAAUAUUUAGGUGUAAAUUAUUGCCGUGUGCAACUGUAUUAUGUUUUUUAACAUGCGAAGUCUAAAUGUAGAAUGUUAAGUGCUUUCGGAUAUUUCAUAUGGUUGGAUGAAAUGGAUGCCGAAAGUUUAAGUCCAAGCUGACGAGAUAGUGGCAUACUGUUCACAAGAACCUAGAAAUAUAGAAUUAAGGCAUGCGCAGGGGCGUAGGAACGGAGGCGGGUGGGACAGUCCGCCCCGAGAAACACUUUUUACAUUUGUAUUAUUAAAAGGCAACAUAUUCUGACAGUUGCAGAGAUUUUUCGUAGAAGGGGCCGGCACUAAUCCUCUAUAGCCCAAAAUAGUAUUUUAAGAAGUAAGAAAUAAAUCUCCAAGUUUAACAAAAUUCGUUCGAUAGAACAGUUUUUUUUUUUUUUUUUUUAAACAAAUUUCAUUCUUAUUACGGGACGGGUAUACAUAACUAUUUAUCAGA